AUGGCCGGCUACGCCAUCUGCCCCGUCGACCCGGCCACGGCCACGGCCGCCAUCGACGCCCUCGCCGUCUCGCUCGGCGACGCCUCGUCCACCGCCGCCGGCGCCGCCAACAGCCUCACGCUGUCGGUCCUCGUCCCGGCCACGGUCGGCACGAGCCUGUGCGCCUUCUCGGCCGCCGCCUUCAACCAGUUGAUCGAGGCGCCGUACGACGCCCAGAUGGCGCGCACGCGAGCGCGCCCGUUGCCCAAGCGCGUCGUGACGCCCCUCCACGCGGCGACGUACGGCGCCCUGACGGGCACGGUCGGCCUCGCGACCCUGUACGCCAUCAACCCCCUGUCGGCCUUCCUCGGCCUGUUCACCAUCGUCCUGUACUGCCCGCUGUACACCAUCUCGAAGCGCCACUCGAUCUACAACACGUGGCUCGGCGCCCUCGUCGGCGCCCUCCCGCCUUUGAUCGGCUGGGCGGCGUGCACCAACUCGGUCGACCCGUGGACCCAGCCCGGCGCGUGGGCCCUCCCCGCCCUCCUGUUCGCGUGGCAGUUCCCCCACUUCAUGAGCCUGUCGCACACGCUCCGGUCGUCGUACGCCUCGAGCGGGUACCGCAUGCUCGCCGUCCUCGACCCGCGCAAAAACGCCCUCGUCAGCCUGCGCUACUCGCUCGCCAUCCUCCCCCUGUGCGCCGCCUUCCCGGCCCUCGGGUUGACCAACGCCGCGUUCGCGUGGCUCACGCUCGCGCCCAACGGCCUCCUCGCCGUCACGGCGUGGCGGUUCUGGCGCAGGCGCGAGGAGCGCCGCGCAAAGGAGCUCUUCUGGGCCAGCCUCAUCCAUCUCCCUCUCGUGCUCGCGCUCGCCAUGGUGUGCAAGAAGGGCCUUUGGGGCGACGACGUCGACGAGGCGGACCGAGAGGUCGACGAGCAGGUGCUCGCCGACUCGGCGGCGGCCGCCGCAGUGGCGGCGGGACCGCGCACCGAGGAUAGCGCGGUCGAGCGGGUUUAG